GUAGAAACUUCCACAUUUAUUGUUGCUUGCUUUGCUGAGAUUUGCAUUCCGAAAGUAGCCGAAAUUGGUUAGACUAGUAUAAAGCUGGUUAAUUCUCAGAAUCAGGUGUUAAAGUAUACAAUCAACAUGCAUCGAGGAGGUGGAAGUGGAGGUAUGUACAACAGGUUUGUACCAGCUAGCCGAGGCCGGGACAAGAAAUCCCUUUACAGUAAUGCCAUCAUGGGCUUUGAUGAACAAGACUUGGAGAAGAUCAAGAAGAGACACAGGACAGAACAAGAGUAUUUUGAUGCUGACAGUGAUGAAGAGACUGGUGGCCCUGCCCCAAAGAAACAGGAUACAUUUGGAGAUAGGUACAGAAACCUGUACUACGAGGAGAAAGCACCACCUAAAAAAGAAGAGAGUAGCGACGAAGAAGAGGAUCCCUUGGAUGCUUUCAUGGCUGGAAUCAAGGAUGAAUUGACCAAGGAAGAGAAAGAGGUGGAAGUAAAGAGAAACAAGAAAAAGGCAACCAGAACAGACAUCGAGGAACUGGAUGAAAUGGAAGAAUAUAUGAAAUACAUGGAGGAGAACCCAGAAGCAGGCUUGAAUACUCUCCCUAUCAACGAUGAGGAUGAACCUAUCGAUUAUGAUGCUGACGGCAAUCCCAUAGUUCCAGAGAGGUCAAAGAUCAUUGACCCACUUCCUCCAGUGGAUCACUCCAUGAUUGACUAUGAGCCAUUCAACAAGAAUUUCUACAAUGAACACGAGUCUAUUCAGCCACUGAACUACUCUGUUGUGAUGGAACUACGCAAGAAACUUGGGAUCAAGGUAUCCGGAGCUGAUCCCCCUAAACCAGCUACCAGCUUUGCUCACUUUGGUUUUGAUGAACAACUCAUGCAUUGUAUCAGGAAAUCUGACUUCUCUAGCCCCACUCCAAUUCAGGCACAGGGCGUUCCCAUUGCCAUGUGUGGUCGUGAUAUAAUCGGUAUUGCCAAGACCGGCAGUGGGAAGACAGCUGCUUUUGUGUGGCCUAUGCUGGUACACAUUAUGGAUCAGAGAGCAAUCAAGAAAGGUGAUGGACCCAUUGGUCUUAUUUGUGCCCCAACCAGAGAACUGGCUCAACAGAUUUAUAUUGAGGUGAAGAAGUUUGGGAAGGCAUACAACAUCCACUGCGUCUGUGCGUACGGCGGUGGUAACAUGCAUGAACAACAGAGGGCAUGUGACGAGGGUCCAGAGGUCAUCGUUGCCACACCUGGGCGUUUGAUUGAUCUCGUAAAGAAGAAAGCUACAAACCUACGUAGAGUCUCAUAUCUUGUCUUUGAUGAGGCUGAUAGGAUGUUUGAUAUGGGCUUUGAGCCUCAAGUUCGGUCCAUAGCCAACCAUGUAAGACCUGAGAGACAAACUCUUCUCUUCAGUGCUACAUUCAGGAAGAAGGUAGAACGCCUUGCCCGAGAUAUCCUGACAGAUCCAAUCAGAGUUAUACAGGGAGAUAUCGGAGAGGCCAACCAAGAUGUAACCCAGGUUGUAGAAAUCUUCAGUGAUCAAACCAGGAAGUUUCCGUGGCUCCUUGCUCGGCUGGUUCGCUUCACCACAGAGGGCAGUGUUCUGAUCUUUGUAACAAAGAAAAUCAACGCAGAAGAACUGGCCACUAGCCUCAAGAGAAAAGACUUUGAAGUUGGUUUGCUUCAUGGAGAUAUGAACCAGCUGGAGAGGAAUGAAGUCAUUACAUCAUUCAAGAGGAGAGUGAUACCAAUCCUAGUUGCAACGGAUGUAGCAGCGAGAGGUCUUGAUAUCCCGUCAAUCAAGAAUGUUGUCAACUAUGAUGUAGCUAGAGACAUUGAUACUCAUACACAUAGGAUAGGAAGAACUGGGCGUGCAGGUGAGAAGGGAACAGCCUACACACUCAUCCUGAAGAAAGAAAACCAGUUUGCCGGUGACCUUGUCCGGAACUUAGAGGGCGCCGAUCAAGCCGUGCCCAAAUCACUCUUAGAUCUUGCCAUGCAGAAUCCCUACUUCAAGAAAUCUCGUUACCGGGCGGGCAAGGGGAAACGUCUCAACAUUGGAGGCGGUGGCCUUGGUUACCGUGAGCGGCCAUCAGGAGGGGGAGGAGGGGGAAGCAGCGGAGGAGGGUCGUCCAUGGAAUUCCUCGGUUCCUCUGAUGGUGAUGAAGGAGAUAGAGGUGUAGGGAGUCUUUAUGCCAACAGACUACAUGCUAUGAAGAGUGCUUUCUCUAAUCAGUUCAAGUCUCAUUUUGUGGCUUCCAGCUCUUCCCCGUCCACGUCCAACCUGUCGUUCCGAACCCCGACCCAAUUUGAACCUGCCAGUAACGUGGGAGGGGGAGCCCCCAAGGCCCCACCUGCCCAGGCCUACAAGCACCCCACCCCUACCCCUCAGGGUGGGGCUUACAUCAGUAGUAGUCAAGUCAGUAGCAGCACGGGUGGAUAUCACUCUGCUACGGCCCCCAUGGUCAGAACCUACACGCCAGGUGCCUCCUCCUCCUCCUAUGCACCAUCAGCGACGUCACCGUCAUCAUCACAAGGGAACGAGGCGUCCGGUCACGAGAGAGGUUCAAGCGUCAGCUUCGGGCACAUCCGCAGAUCCAACAUGGGCCGUGAUCGCAGCUCAGGAGGGGGUCAUGGGGACCGACGGCACAGCGGCAGCAGCGAUGGACGGGAUCAUCAUGGAGAGGAUAGAUCGGAGAGAGGUCGCGAAGAUGACGAUGGGUCAGAGGUCAAAGCUGAACAGGAAGGGGAUGUUGAAAUCCCCGAUGGGUCAACGAAAGAGGGCAAUGAACACGGAUGGACUCUGAGAGGGGUUAACUUUGGGGUAGGGAGUGAAACCGCUGGGUUACAUGGUAGCAUGGUCAGUAGUAGCAGUAUCAGUAGCAGCUCAUCAGCUGGAAGCUCAACAGGUGGAAGCUCUGCUGAACAGACGAAACCCAAACGAAAGAGUCGUUGGGAUACAUAAGAAGUGCAGAGUUAUUUCAUCUCAUUUCUUGCUUGUACAUGUAUGUAUUAUAUUAUACCUCGUUAUAUAAUUGUACAGGUUUUUGAUUAUGAAAUUACAUGACCCUGAUGCGCUGAACAUAACAUUAAAAGGUGUUUCACUAGCUGUUUGGGAAGCUAUGAACAACCUUAUAAAUGACUUAAGACUAAAAUAUGAAGUGCCAAUAUGUGAACCCAAAGUUUGUUUCUUUUGACCAGGUAUGAAUUUUCUUAAUGUUUACUUUUAAAUUCUGCCAUUGAUAAUAUUUUGGAGUAAAAUUACUUGCGGAUGAUACCUAAUUUGAGUUUUAGGGGCGUUUAGGCCUAUAGGGUUAUUCUCAGUCAAAGGUCACAAUACUUGAAAAUCCUGACUAAACCAUCUUGCAACCCACGGUCUCACACCCUCACCAGAGUGAACUCUACUGAAAAUCUGCACAGUGCAUCAAUUUUCAGUGACCAGCAACUCCCUGAUCCGAAAAUGUAGAUAUUAAAAUGUUUUGUUACGGAUUUAGAUAUUAUGGAAGUUUACAAACAAGUUCACGUUUUCAUGCCAAAGCACAUAGGUGUUUUAAUGGCCAUAUGUUACUCUCACUGUUCCAACAAAAGCUAAUAUAAGGAAACUUUAGACAAUAUUUUCAAAUAUUGUGGAAAAUUACAAAAGAUUGUGUAUUAGGGAUGGUAAUGUUUUUGGUGUUUGAAAAUCGCUUGUGUUUUCAAGAUAAACCAUCACUGGCCAUCAUUCAUCAGUGUGGAGCAAUGGCUAUCCAUCCAUGGUUUUGUUCAAACAAAAUCAACUGAAACGGUAUAUGAAUGAAAAUCAAAUGAUUUUGUAACGGAUAUUACUGUUACGAAUCUUAAUUUAUAGGUUUAUAUUGUCAAGCUAAAUCGUCAUGGGCCAUUAAGAACGUAUGUGUUGCAAUGGCCAGUCACCCGUACUGAAAAAAAAAAUCUCGCAUAAAUCAUGCAGGAUUAUGACGGUACAGGCCAAUGCAUGGUUUGGACAUUGAAUUGUAAUGUUUUUCUGAGAAUUACCUUUUAGUUCAUUAGGUAUUAAUUUUCCAAGUUUUCAGAGGACUGUUUGCCAUCACAAUAAUGCAAAAUCGGUAAUUGCGACUAAUUCGCAGUCUGUCUCGAGCUCAAAAGGAGAUAAAAUUUAGAGGUUCCAUGGAAAUUUUGUAUCAUGGAUGGCAAAGUAGCUAUGAAUAAUCUGUUUAAAGCAACAGUGGCAAUAUCAUGAAGCCUUUUCAACUGGGAACCCUUUUCUGGGCUAAAUAAGUUUCCCCAAAUUUUCUAUUCUAAUUUUUCCUAUAACUCAAUUCAAACUUGGAAAAUAUUAACAUUCCUCAUUGAUGAUAGUUUGAAUUGAGAACUUUUAUUUACAAAUCAGAUUACAAAUGGUACUUAUGAGAAUUAUAUCAAGAAUAUGAUUAAAGGAUAAGAAAGGGUCACCAGUCAUGUAUGGGAAAAGUCAUUUAAAGGGAAAGUUCACCCGGACAAGAAUUUUAUCGUUAAAAUAGCAGAAAACAUAAUAUUGGUGAGGUUUGAGGGAAAUCUAUCAAAGAAUAAAGUUAUUAGAGUGUUAAUUAUUGUUAUUUUAUUUAUUUUUUAUUUUUUCCCGGUAAUUUAGUUGAUAGGCAGAAAACUGAGCGCUUAGAAACACCUGUAUUAAGCGCCCUACAAAUGUUAUAAUUAUUAUUAUUAUUAUUAUUAUUUGUGACGUCAUAUGCAAGCAGCUUUCCCACAUAACCAGUGGUAAAAAAUCAAUGAAAUGCCAUUUCCUCAGAAAAUUGAAAAAAAAAAAUUUAUUGAACCAUCAGUAUAUGGAUAGACAAAUAAUGUCACACUCGCUCCUGAAAGAAAUUAAAAAAAAGUGAGUCAUUACGGACCAUCGAAAAUUUGACAUUUACACAUUUUAUGUUCCAUAAUGGCGCAGCUGCUCGUAUAUGACAUCACAAAUAAAAAACUUUAAAUUCUAAUAACUUUCUAAAUCUUUGAUGGGCUUUCCUCAAUCCUUCACCAGUAUUUUGUCACCACUAUUUUUUCUGCUAUUUUUUACAACAAACUUUCCUCAGGGUGAGCUUUCCUUUUUAUUAGAGCUUAAUGAAACUCGACCCUAGACCACUCCAUGAAAAACCAUCAUCAAUUUGCAUGGUAUUUUUGUGACCAUAGUUAUCGUUUGAUCUGUAUCUACUCCCUAUUGGCGCAAGAAUGACCGGUAUACAGCUACACAGGUCUUAUCUGUUUGACUAUUUCGUCAUGUCAGUGCAGGAACGGCCUUAGCACCACUCUUGCGCAUCUUGCAUGCGCGCAGAAACGUUUCUGCACCGACAAGACGAUUUGGUGUCAGACACUAGCUUAUGAAAUUUAUCUAUCUAUUGAAUGAAAGUCAACUAGAAUUAUGAAUGUUUAUAUUAUAAUGAUGCAUUUAUGAAGCUUGUCAAAAAGGAUGAUUUCAAUGAGAGUCCACUUUGCAUUAUGGCUAAGGUAAGGUUUCAGAAAAUGUGUUAUCAAUGGCUGUAGAUAUAAGUCACUGUUAUAAGUUACUAAAAGUUUUGCUCUGUAAAAUAGGGCCAAGUGAAACAGAAUCACGGUGAACACUGUCCCUGAAUUCAUUUCAGUAUUUAAAGAUAGGGGAAAACCUUUGAAAUUUAUGGAACCUCCUUGAAGCUCACAGUAAUCCAAGAAUGUGUUAAGUGAGCAUGCCAAUGGAAGCCCUUGGCUUCGGUUCACAACAAAACACUCAAUCCCACCAAAUUAGUAUUCACGUUCAUCUUAUACUAAAAAAUUUUGUGGGAAAUUCAGUCAUACCACAUCCAAUUCUAGAAGCCAAUGCUUAAUGUAAGUAUUACAAAACAUCCAAAUAGUGCACAAAAACAAAGAUGAAAUAGAUGGUAUAGCUUUUUUAUUUUUUAAAUGAAUUUUAUUGUUAUAUGUAAUUAAUCUUAUGUAUAAUAGGAUUAUGAAGUGAUAAUAUGUAAAUAUGAAUAUGUAAACAAAUGUUCAGUGUUUACAUGUGUAUAAAUACAAGGAAAGAUACUAAGUAUUUUUCAUGCAAGUAUGUUCAAUAAAUGACAUUUCUCUCCGCA